AUGGUAAAAGUCUGUGUUUUAGGUGCCUCGGGUGGUAUUGGCCAACCAUUGUCCCUUCUGUUAAAGUUGAAUCCAUAUGUUUCCGAUCUAGCUCUGUAUGAUAUCAGUGAUAUCACCGCUGGUGUAGCUAAAGAUUUGUCUCAUAUCAACACUAACUCCGAUUCCGAAGGUUAUAACAAGGAUGAAGAUUUUAAAAACUUGUUGGAAGGUUCUGAAUUGGUCAUCGUCACUGCUGGUAUUCCAAGAAAACCAGGUAUGACAAGAGACGAUUUGUUUAAGAUCAAUGCAAAGAUUAUUCAAAAUUUGACUGUAAAGUAUGCUAAAUUUGCUCCAGUCCAUUGUAAGCUGUUGAUCAUCUCUAACCCAGUCAACUCUUUGAUCCCUGUAGUUAUCGAGACUUUGAAGAUUAACGGUAGAUUGAACCCUUCACAGGUAUUCGGUAUUACAAUGCUGGACAUCAUAAGAUCGCAAACUUUCUUGAACGAUUUAUUGAACGAUAAGAAAUUGAGAAGUGGUUCGAUCACUUCUAAACAGUUUGACAAGACAUUGAAUUUGAACAAUAUCAACGUCAUUGGUGGCCAUUCUGCGCCAACAAUGGUGCCAAUAUUAACGAACAAGAAUUUAAUCCAUCAACAAGACGAGAUCGAUGCUCUUUACAAGAAAAUCAAGUUUGGUGGUGAUGAAAUAGUGAAGGCUAAGAACGGUAAAGGUUCAGCCACUUUAUCCAUGGCAUAUGCUGGGUAUUUCUUUGCCAACGAGAUCUUGAAGAAGAUCAACUGUAAAGGCGUCAAUUUAAACGAUUGCACUCCUGUUAAUUUGCCAAGUUUUGUAUACUUACCAAACUUACCAAAUGGUAAAUUGUUGCAAGCGUUAUUGAAUGAUUAUUCUGGUAUUCACGAUUUGAAUUUAGAAUAUUUCAGUGUUCCAGUAGUGAUAAACCCACACACAGGUAACAUCAAGUCGUUAGAUAUUUCGAUAUUACAAAAUAGGAAUGCGUUGAGUGAAUCUGAAUUGAAGGAUAUCAAAGCAGCAUGUGUCAAUUUAGCUAAGGAUAUCAAGACGGGCGAAGAUUUUGUGAAGAAGAACUACAAGUUAUGA